AUGGUUUAUGGUAAGACUUGCCAUUUACCCGUUGAGAUGGAGCACAAAGCUUUUUGGGCGUUAAAGCUUUUAAAUUUUGAUCCUAACUUGGCCGGUGAAAAAAGAAAAGUUCAAAUUCAUGAGUUGGAUGAAUUGAGACUUAAUGCCUACAAUUCCAACAAAAUUUAUAAGGAAAAGGUCAAAUUUUAUCAUGAUAGCAAAAUUCGGCAAAAAGAUUUCCAAGUUGGUCAAAUGGUGCUUCUCUUCAAUUCCCGUUUGAGACUUUUUCCGGGAAAAUUGAAGUCAAAAUGGUCUAGACCGUUUUUGGUCAAGGAGGUGAAGCAUUUUGGAGCAAUUGUGGUAGAAGACCCGAAAUCCAAAGAAACAUGGACUGUUAACGGGCAAAGAUUGAAAGUGUACCGUGGGUGCGAGUUCAAUAGAGAAACAAGUGUGCUUGCUCUUAGUGAUCCUUGA